UUUGCAAGUUGAUUUAAUUAUGAAACAAUGAUACACAAAUACUCAGUUGUUUAUUUUAAACAUUUGACUGUUACCUCUCAUUUCUAAUAAGCUAUGAUGGAAUCUCUACUUACUAAACCCAACCCUUACUCAGAAUCCACUAUAUUGGUUUCAAAAAACUUAUGGAAACGAGUCGAUAAGCCAACUAAAACAAUAAUAGAUACUACCACUCAAAAAACAGUUACUUUGGUUGUGGUCGUGUUUCGGAGGAGAAUCAUAAAUUUGCAAUGAAAAGAAAGAUAGAUAGAGAACCAUGACAAUGAGGUUGAGAAUAAGAACCAUAACAGCGAGACAUUCACUUCACAACAUUCACAAUAAUAGAUACGACCACUCUCACUAUGUUCAUUCCGAUGCCAGGGCAAUUUCUCGAACCACCAACACAAUUCCACACCAUUGCAACCACAACCACCACUACUACCUUCACCUUCUUCGUUCAUGCAAAUACUUGAACCCUCUGCUCCAAAUCCAUGCUCGUCUAAUUGUCCAACAAUGCACCUUGGCACCCAAUUCCAUCACAAACCCUUCUCUGAUUCUGUGGAACUCAUUGAUUAGAGCUUAUUCUAGACUCCAUCUAUUCCAGGAAGCAAUAAAAUCGUAUCAAACAAUGUCAUACAUGGGACUUGAACCUGACAAGUACACAUUCACCUUUGUUUUGAAGGCUUGUACUGGUGCUUUGGACUUCCAUGAGGGUGUUGCCAUUCAUCAAGAUAUAGCUUCCAGGGAGUUAGAAUGUGAUGUUUUUAUUGGGACUGGACUUGUUGACAUGUACUGUAAGAUGGGCCACUUGGACAAUGCAAGAAAGGUAUUUGAUAAAAUGCCCGGGAAGGAUGUUGCUUCUUGGAAUGCAAUGAUUUCAGGCUUAUCUCAGAGCUCAAACCCUUGUGAGGCACUGGAAAUAUUUCGGAGGAUGCAGAUGGAGGAAGGUGUGGAGCCGGACUCUGUGAGUAUCUUGAACUUGGCUCCAGCUGUUUCUAGAUUAGAGGAUGUUGAUUCUUGCAAGUCUAUUCAUGGUUAUGUGGUUAGGAGAUGUGUUUUCGGUGUGGUUUCUAAUUCAUUGAUUGAUAUGUACUCUAAAUGUGGUGAGGUAAAGUUGGCUCAUCAGAUUUUUGACCAGAUGUGGGUUAAGGAUGAUAUCUCGUGGGCAACAAUGAUGGCUGGAUAUGUACAUCAUGGUUGUUACUUUGAGGUUCUUCAAUUACUAGAUGAAAUGAAACGAAAGCACAUAAAGAUGAAUAAGAUAUCAGUUGUAAACUCCGUUUUGGCAGCUACAGAGACGAGAGACCUGGAGAAAGGGAAGGAAGUUCAUAAUUAUGCUUUACAGCUAGGGAUGACGUCAGAUAUUGUAGUUGCUACUCCUAUCGUGAGCAUGUAUGCAAAAUGUGGUGAGUUGAAGAAAGCUAAAGAGUUUUUUCUGAGUCUUGAAGGAAGAGAUUUGGUUGUUUGGUCUGCUUUUUUAUCAGCUCUUGUCCAAGCAGGAUAUCCUGGAGAAGCAUUGUCUAUAUUCCAAGAGAUGCAGCAUGAAGGUUUGAAACCAGAUAAAACAAUUCUAUCAAGUCUGGUUUCCGCAUGUGCUGAAAUUUCAAGUUCCAGAUUAGGUAAGAUGAUGCACUGCUAUGUUAUUAAAGCAGACAUGGGGUCAGAUAUUUCAGUAGCAACAACCCUUGUCUCAAUGUACACUAGAUGUAAAUCAUUUAUGUAUGCUAUGACGCUAUUCAACAGAAUGCAUUAUAAAGAUGUUGUGGCAUGGAAUACUUUGAUAAAUGGAUUUACCAAAUGUGGUGACCCACGUCUUGCAUUGGAAAUGUUCCUUAGAUUACAAUUAAGUGGGGUUCAACCAGAUAGUGGAACCAUGGUGAGUUUGCUUUCAGCUUGUGCCCUUCUGGAUGACCUUUAUCUAGGAAUCUGCUUUCAUGGAAAUAUCAUAAAGAAUGGUAUUGAAUCUGAAAUGCAUGUAAAAGUUGCUCUAAUAGACAUGUAUGCCAAAUGUGGGAGCCUUUGCACAGCUGAAAACUUGUUUCACUUAAACAAGCAUGUAAAGGAUGAGGUAUCUUGGAAUGUAAUGAUUGCAGGGUACCUGCAUAAUGGAUGUGCCAAUGAAGCAAUUUCCACAUUUAAUCAGAUGAAAUUGGAAAGUGUAAGGCCCAAUUUAGUCACAUUUGUGACCAUUCUUCCGGCUGUAUCAUAUUUAUCAAUAUUAAGAGAGGCCAUGGCUUUUCAUGCCUGCAUAAUCCGAAUGGGAUUCAUAUCUAGUACCCUUAUUGGAAACAGUCUUAUAGAUAUGUAUGCUAAAAGUGGGCAACUCAGUUAUUCUGAGAAAUGCUUUCAUGAGAUGGAAAAUAAAGGCACUAUCUCAUGGAAUGCAAUGCUUUCAGGUUAUGCUAUGCAUGGCCAAGGUGAAGUUGCCCUUGCCCUUUUUUCACUUAUGCAAGAGACUCAUGUCCCUGUUGAUUCAGUUUCCUACAUCAGUGUAUUAUCUGCCUGCAGACAUGCUGGCUUAAUUCAAGAAGGAAGGAACAUUUUCCAGUCUAUGACCGAAAAGCACAAUCUUGAACCAAGUAUGGAACACUAUGCCUGCAUGGUUGAUCUUUUAGGCUGUGCUGGUUUAUUUGAUGAAGUUUUGUGUUUAAUUGAUAAAAUGCCAACAGAACCUGAUGCUCAAGUCUGGGGAGCCCUGCUGGGAGCAUGUAAAAUGCAUUCCAAUGUGAAAUUAGGAGAGAUUGCCCUCCAUCACCUCCUCAAACUUGAACCAAGAAAUGCAGUUCAUUACAUAGUUUUGUCAGACAUAUAUGCUCAAUGUGGUAGGUGGAUUGAUGCCAGGAGGACAAGAUCAAAUAUGACCGACCAUGGAUUGAAGAAAAAUCCCGGAUAUAGUUGGGUUGGAGCUCAUAAACAAGGACUAUCCCUUUCUGGCAAAUGACAAAUCCCAACCACUGCUAACCAUAAACAACCUACUUGCAAAUAGAGAAGAACCUGUCAUGACUCAUAACAUGUUUGACAAAAGAAAAAGUUAUUAGCAUUCUUAUUGUCUUACUUUUUUGGUAAGUGGGUUUACAUGGUAAAAGGUAAUAUGUAUAUCAGGAAAAAAAAUAGUAUUCUGAGUACAUUACAUAUUUUAGUAGAUAUAUCAUUCAUUUUAUAUUUUAUAGGUCAUCAUAGUAUGUAUGAAACCGGUAGAAUAAAUUAUGCUUUGCUGGUGGACCAAGUCACCUAGCAGCCAGCAAGUUUCUAUUGAUGCAACAAUCAAAGAAAUUAAGCUUCAAACUGUCUAGUGAGAUAGUAUUUAAGUAGAGUUACGCUAAAAUACUCUUAAAACUUAGUUGCUGAAAUGCAAAAAUCACAGACCAUUGAAACUUGAAGGACAAUCCAAAACUUGAGACAUGUGGUACCUACAUUAUCUUUCAGGUACCAGUUCGGUAUAAUGAAAAGAAA